UCCGCUCCCAACAACACAGAUGAUGAGGAAAACGUUUGGAAAUUGAAACUCUGAAAAGCUACGACGACAUCGAUGAGAUGGCUUGAAAGAGUCACAGAUAGUCACAUUCAAGGAGAAAAACUAGAGAAGGUGAAGCCAUGGCCUGUGCCCGAGUGCCACUGGAUGAGCAGCAGGUGACUGAGCCUGGCCCGCUGGGAAAAGACCACACACUGCCUGCGCUGCACCCAGACCGGAAGGAGGAUCGCUGUUUUGUGCCUUACAAGCCUCCACCAGAGGACGGCUCUCCUGCUGAGGUGGAGGAGUUUUUGGAAUAUGCCAGAUUCAUCAUAGAGGACCUGGAGUGGCUGCUCGCACUGCCCCACGAUAAGUUCUGGUGCCAGGUGGUAUUUGACGAGUCCCUGCAGAGGUGCCUCGACUCGUACCUGUGUCACGCUCCUCGGAGCCUCGACCUCACUGCCCUGCCCUCCUCCCCGACAAUGGCUGAGAUGCAGCGCUCCGUCCACAGGUCGGUCUUCUUGACUUUCCUGAGGAUGGCCACACAUAAAGAGUCCAAGGAUAACUUCCUCACCCCGGCUGUGUUUGGAGAAAUUAUCUAUGACAACUUCCUGUUUGACAUUCCCAAAAUUUUGGAUCUGUGUGUACUCUUUGGAAAGGGCAACAGCCAGCUGCUGCAUAAGAUGAUAGAGAACAUCUUUACCCAGCAGCCGUCAUACUACAGUGACCUGGAUGAGACAGUGCCCACUGUGUUACAGGUGUUUGACUCAGUCUUAGACAAAUGUGGUCUUCAGUGUGAAGGAGCCACCGCCAUGGAGCCCAUGAAGCUGAAUGCACAUAAACAGCCCACUGCCAUGACCAUGAGCCAGCAGGAACUUGCAGAUAUAAUUUUGUACCUGUGUGACUCGACUACCACCAUCCAUGCCUUCCUGGACAUCUUCCCUGCAGCCUGCUCCACCUUUCACUCGCACGGCUUCCUCAGCAGACUGACGUCAUUUUAUGAGACCACUGUGCCUGACCUUGAGAAGGCGCUGAGGAAGAGAAAUUUUGAUGAUAAAGGUCUUCAGGACAACUUGUGGAAGAGGUUGUCCCACUCCUGUCGCAAGAUGGUGGAGACGGCUCACCUGCUGCUGCACCACACCUGCCUACAGCCAAUCCUGGAGGGGAGAGAAAACAUGCAAACAUUUGCAGAGGAACUACUACAACAUUUCACAUCUUUUUUACCUGAGAAAAGGUUCUUGUCGGACUACGAUGAGCAGUUCCCGCUCAGCGACGACAUCAGCCUCCUGCAACAGGCUCUCCCUGUCAUUGAUGAGACCAGGACGUCCUACCUGCUCCAGGGGGUGGAAAGUGCCUGGGACAGCGUGGGACGACGGAGAACACAGAGCCAGAUUCAGCCUAAAGCUCCUUCGUUGUUGUCAGCCAGUCAGGGAGCAGUUGGCUGGGCUGGAGAGAGACCGAAGGGAGCGGAGGCCAUGUUGGAUGUUCCCGGAAAAGGAAACAACGGCGUGGUGUGUCCGCUGAGCGCGGCGGAGCUGGAGUCUCUGCUGUCGUGUAUCAGGGACCUGCUGCCUGACUUGGGCGAAGGCUUCCUGCUGGCCUGUCUGGAGGAGUACAACUACAACUCUGAGCUGGUCAUCAACAACAUCCUGGAGGACCGGUUAGCGCCCAGCCUGGACAAACUGGACCGAUCCAUGCCAAGGCCUGUGAAGGAGGAGCUUCCAAGUGUCCUGAGCAACAGAUCCGGCGUGUUUGAUGAUGAUGAGUUUGACAUCUUCCGCAGGGACCAGGUGGACAUGUCCCGCAUCUGGAAGGGCAGGAGGAAAGGUGAGAACAUUCGAGAGAUGCUCAACGACAAGCAGCACAUAGCGGAGCAGAGAGCUCGUUAUCAGGCCUACGAGACUGUGGUGGACGAGGUCGUCAUUGAACCCGGGGAGUCUGCAGCCACGUACGGCCUGGACGACUACGACGACGAGUACGACGACACCUACGACAUGAACCAAGUGGGAGCUAACGACCUGGACGGAGACAGCUUACUGAACAGAAGGCCUUUCACAGUCCCACAGGUGUUGAGAAAAGGAAACAAACCAGAGGAUGAGGAGGAGGGUGAAGAUGACGAGGAGGAAGAGACUUUACAGAACAACGUAAACAGGGACCAGUUUGUGCAGGACCCGGCUCUGCUGAGGGAGAGAGCUGAAGCUAGAAGAGCUGCCAUGCAGCAAAGGAAAGGUUUCCGACCGGAGCGUACCAGUAACGUUGUCGGCCGAGCCAAAGGCCAAGGUCAAACCCUGGAGACGUUCCUGGACCGGCGCAAGAAGGAGGCCAACAAGAGUCGCGUGUCCAACCACAACCGGCGCACCAUGGCUGACCGCAAGAGGAACAAAGGCAUGAUCCCCUCAUGACAUGUGUGACGGCCUGCUGCUCGAACCAACCGGACUGAUGGUAGAAGGGAGAGAUGGCAGGAAGGUGGAUGAUGUGUGUCGACUGAGUGAAUCAGGUUCUGGGUCAAUCACGCUCCAGCCCUGAGGUCACUGUCUUUGCCUGAGAAGGGAAGCCCACUGACGGUUUUCAGUUGCUGGUGAAAAGUUGAAUUAGUUUACAGACUUUCUUUGGCACUUUAGCCUUUUGUUUUCAGAGGUUGUCAAGCAGAGACUCUGAACAUCUACUUUUAGUCUUUGGACUAAAUGAAUUUCUUUUUAUAGCUGAUUAAAAACCAAAGUUCUGAGUGUGAGCCAGGGACUGAGGACAAAGAGUAAGACCUUUUAUUUUUGCCAAGUAACAAAUCAAUUUAUUAUUAAGAUCCAGAGAGACUGAAUUAAGUUUCUUUGACAUCAUCAUCAUCAAGUAGACAACUUAGGAAUACAAAGGAUGAGGGUUUUUAGAGAGACUGCCGUUCCUUCUGUAGCUGGAAGAACAAUUACUGACCUGGUGAUCAAGUCUGGACAUCAGCGGUGGACUGUGUUGCUCUCACUACUCACUCUGUGCGAGUAGCUUGUGUGACAGCUGCUUGCAUGUAACGUUCAAUUGCAUGCAUGUGAUGUCAUCCACCCAGUUCAAACCACUGUUGUCCAGCCUUCGCAAAAACCAAAACAAAAAAAGAAGUCUAGAGACGCUAUAACCAUCUCGUUAUGAUGCUGUGGUGUUUGUUUUUGGAAGCACAUGCUGUACAGAGGCGCCUCGCGUCUCUCACACUAGCUGUAGGGAAACCACCUACAUGUUGCCAUGCACAGACUAUUUUCUAUGAAGAGAACAGAUCUAUCAGAGCAUUUUGUAACAAAAAACACACAUGUAAUUUGCUUUUUGGAGUUGACAUUGCAAAAAAAAAAAAAAAAACAAACCAUAAAAUAAAUACCAUAAUACUA